AUGCUUGAAAGCACAAGUUACUCUGGCACAGAAAUAUCGGAAUUAAAAUUUUUUUUUAAUUAUAUUGACCUUUACCAAAAUUAUGCAAUAGCUAAGUAUUUAAUAAAUAAUGUCACAGAAUUUGGUAUAAGAUUUUCAAUAAGUGGUACAAUUUAUGACCAUGAAUCUUCACGAAUUUCCGAAUUGAAAAAACAGAUGUCUCAAUGCCUAUUCAAAACUCUUAACGAAUUUAUUGAUCGUGUUAUUGAAAAUGAUUAUAUUAUUUACGAUAUAAGUUCGAAUUCAAAAGCAAGAAAUAAUGAAGGAUGUUUAUAUGAAUCAGAAUAUUCACGAAGAAGAUCUCAUUCAUCGUAUACGAAACAUAAGCAUAUUGAACAUAUAGUUAAUCUUUUUGAGAAAAAAGUUAAUGGUAAAGUUCGUACCUUGAUAAUAUGUCCUGGUUAUUCAUUUGGUGAAUCAAAUGAUAUAUUUCACUAUAUAUUUAAAUUAGCUUAUUUAAAUAAACAAAAAAUACCAAUUGUUGAACCUGGAAAUCAAGUAAUUCCAAUUAUUUAUGUAAAAGAUCUCGCAAGGAUAAUUGGAAAAAUUAUUGGAGAUUUUCCUCCAUCUGAAAAAAAAUAUAUUUUUGCUAUUCAACCAAAUUUCUGGACAAUAAAAUCUUUUACUCGUGCAAUUGUUAAUUCUGUAGCAGGAAAUGUAAUGAAAGUUACCAUUAUGCCAAAAAAUUGUUUGAUGAACUAUGAAGAGGAUUUAUUUCCGCAACGGGUGAUCGAUGCUAUUACAACUCCGCUUAAAUUGGUUCCCACCUAUUUAAAAGAUUUCAAAUAUACUUUCACAAAUAUAGAAGAAAUUGGAAAAGUGUUAGUCAACGAAUAUCGAAUAGAACGUAAUUUAUUACCAAUAAAAAUUUUGAUUGAUGGUCCACCGUUAUCAGGGAAAUCCAUGAUCGCCAAAGAAAUAGCUGAAUAUUAUAAUUUAAAUUAUUUCGAUCCAAUGACAGCUAAUACUAAAGAAUUAAUAGAAGAAUGGCAAGAAUACUUGAAGGAUUUAUCAAAUUAUGCCUCUAUUAAACAAAAAUGUCAUGAAGAAACUCUAAAAUAUCAAAUAAGAUGUAUAAAAACAAUCAUUGCAUCAAAAUUAUAUUCAGAGAAUCAAGGGUAUGUGAUUGACGGAUUUCCAUUCACAUAUAUUCAAGCUUCAGAAAUUUUUUUGCACACUGAUUUUGACGAAAACGAACAAGGGAAAAAUGUUGAAACGCAACUAUAUACGAACGAAUUCACAGAACCACAGUCAAAAAAGUUCAAGACUAGUUCAAUUAUGCCAAAUUUCGUUGUCUUUUUAAAUAUAUCAGAUGAAUUAGUUUUUAAACGUGGGAUGGAGCUAUCAUGCAAAGAAGUUCUUGAAACUGGUAAUAAUGAAGAAAAUGUUUGCCAACGUUUAGAGGAGUUUAGAGAACGUGAUGAGCAUGAAGACACUAGUCUUACGAACUUUUUUUAUGACUAUAACGUUAUCCCACAGUGCUUUGCUAUAAAUGAAGAUUCUAUAUAUAAUGAAAUUAUUGACGCCAUAAAAAUCAAAAUUGGAUCUCCACAUACGUCAAAAAUCCAAGCAGAGCGUGAAACAAAGCUCCGUCAAUGGACACAUGAAUUUGAAAUUCUAAAACAUGAGGAAGAUAUGGCAGCUGAAGCAAAAUCACUACCAUUUCGUCAAUAUUUGGCAAAGUUUGUGCUUCCAACUUUAACUGAAGGAAUUUUGGAAAUAGUACGUGUAAGACCUGAAGACCCAAUUGACUAUUUAGCAGAAUUUUUAUUUAAAAAUAAUACUCCUGGUCAUAUAACUUCUGACAAACACACUCAAGAAAUGAAGAAAUUGCUGCUAGGCGAUGAAAAUGAAAGUAUUCUCAGUACGUUGGACAGUUAUAUUUUAAACGAAAAUGAAUUCAAAUGUAUGGACUCUACGGAAGAGCGCUAA